AUGAAAUCACACGGUUCUGUAAAUUUGCCCAUAUACUACAUAAUAACAAAUCUAGGUUUACAAAAAUUUAAACAACACAUUAAAGAUUGCAAAAAAUCGCCCAUUCUGGUUCAUGUAGUUGGUAGAUCACUUUUUUGUUUUAUAAUGUGACUUUUUUGAAUGGCAGAUUUAACAACAGAUCACGGAAAUUUUUUAAAAGAUAAUUCGAAAAAAUGAUUGAAAAUUAAAAAAUAUCAUUAACUGUUGAUUUAAAUUUCUUAAAAAAUAAUCAAGUUGUAAACAAUUUUUACUUCAACAAUUAUAAAGUUUAUAUAAAUCUUAGAACAUCUUGUUCUUUUUCCAAUGUAGCUUAUUUUCUUAAGUAUUGAAGAAGAAAUAUGUAAGAAAAAUUUUACAAUAAUAAUACAAAUCGACUAAAAGAAGUAUCUCUGAUGCAACUGGAAAUGUAGGUAGGAGAAGACACCGGAGAAGGAGACGAAAUAACUGCCAUUGGAGCAGUUCUCUCAGAAUCCGCAGUUGUUACCUCUCUUAGAGUGCGUUCGUUUCUCUCUAACCACAAAGUGAAAGUACUAUGUUUUUGACUUAUUCUAGUGUAUUAAAUUUAGCAAUUACAUAUUCUUAAAAUAGUGUUGUGCGAGUGGGAAACAAUAAAUUCGUUUGUGAAAGGAUUCAUUAAAAGUAAAUUGUUUAGUCCUGCCUCCUAUGUACAGGUCUGAGACUAAUAACCUUCUAAAAUAUGGCUUUGUAUGUUUCUUCUACACAAAAUUCAAGCAAUGUGAAAAAUAAUGGCUCUUUAUCUACCACCAUCUGCGCAAAGUGUAUAUGUUGCCCUUAUGGAUAUCACAUAGAUUUAGAUUUUGUUCGUUAUUGUGAAGCCGUAUCGGCAGAAAGUAAUAGCAGCCGAUCCUGUAGUGACAAACGAGAAAAAAAAGAACAUAGAAGAAAAUGUCAAUCAAUGGAAUUCCUCCUAGGUUUGGUAAGUCCUGGUUCAUCGAAAACAAGUGGAAGUUCUAUAAAAUUGUCGAAGUUAAAUCACAAUGCUAAGAAAUCUAGUUCACCUGAAACAAAUAGAUCGAAGGGUAGUAGUAUAAACUACAUAUCAGAAUUAGACCUGAGUGAUGUUGUUGAUGAUUUCGAAGCUACUUUGCAAUAUUCUUCUGAAUCAAACAGAAACGGAAAGGAAAAUAAGAAAACAUUGUUACAUAACUCAAAAUCACAAUUUGUUCAACCUGAAAUAACCUCAAUUGAGCAGUUCGAUGACUUUAGUAUUAGCAGUGUAAAAUCUAAUUUAAGCACCGAAAAAUUGCAGAACAUAAGGGAACAAAUGGCCGAAUCUUUAAAAAGGAUGAAAGAAUUGGAAGUAAGAGUGAAAGCAAUACCAAUAUUGCAGGUACAAUUGUUUGUUCUUGCUGAAGAAAAAAGAAAAUUACUUCAGGAAUUGAGAGAGUACAACGGUUCAAUGUUAAACAGUGACAAAUCCCAUAGAUUACGGAGCCAUUCAUUUUCAGAAAAUCAAUCUUGUAGAGAUAAAAUAGAAACCUCUGUAAGACUGAAAAGAGAUAUUGGCAUCUCUUGUACAGUUAUGACUAGAGACAUCGGUGUUUCUCAUCAGCAGGUUCAAACUAGAGAUGCAGGAAUAUUAAUUAGUUUACCUUCCAGUUCUCAAAGAAAGCUAACUAACAGCAAGACCCAAAUUGAAUACAUUAUGCCUGUUACUACUACAACAAAUUUCAAGGUAUCUAAAUCAACUCAAAGUGACAUUCCAUUGAAAAAUGAUCAAUCAAUGUUAGAAAAAAAUUGUCUAAAUGGAAAAACAACUCCAUUUGCACAUGUAAAUAGCUUUCAAGAUUGUGGCAUUAAUACUGUAGUACAAAAAGUAGUACCUACGAAUAUUCCUUCUGACUUCUUAGUUUGCAGUAAAGAGGACAAAUUUGAAAUGAAUAAAAAAAUUAUAGAGGUGGCACAUAAACAGACAAUGACGCUUUUAACAACUAACGACAUUAAAAUGGUGGAUGAUAUUACUGUAAGUUCAAAAAACCACUUAAAUUCACAAAAUGUAACAAGAUCAAUUGAAAAAUUACGAGGUAAAGAAAGUAUGAAGGAUAAACAAAUGCAAACUUCACCAAUAAACAUAUUACGAAAUAAUAUGUCAAUUACAGCAAAACCAGUAACAUUUGACAGUGGCACAGAUACGAUAAAUCAUAAUGCACCAAAAUCUGUAGCAGUUGGACCUGAUCUAACGACAUCUAAUUCAAUUUCUUUAAAUUCAAUGAAUUUGCAUAAUACACCGUUUAAAUAUGAUGAUAUACAGCUGAAGAAAGUGGCAUCGAAGUAUGUAAAUGUAACUUCUACUGAUUUAAUAAAAUCUGCAUCAAAGCAUACAGACACAUUUGAUUUACGACCACGAACUCGGGAUUUUGGUACCUCACCAGUAAGAAAAAAAUUUAUUGAUAUGUCAGUAGGUGAAUCGCUCAAAUUUAAUGAAAACGUUUCUUGUGCAACAAAUUAUUGCGAUAAUUGUAAAAACAUUUCAAACCAAUUAAAAAAUCAAGUUAAAUAUAAUAUGCAUAAUAUAAGUCAAGAAACAACAACUCCAACUUUUCAUCGUGCCAUACUUGAGGCAUCAGAAAACAAUUCGCAUUUAAAAAAAAAAGAUAAUAAGGAACAAUAUGAAAAUGAUGGAAGAUUAGAACUUAACAAAUUUAUUGACAUUAAUGACGGAAAUGCAUUCUUUGAGGAAGAAACUGUCCUCAGUGACAGUACUGAAUAUAAAGAGAAAAAUUAUUCGAAAUAUACAGAUCUUCAAUUUCAAACAAUAAAACCUAGAAAGAAACUUAUAUCAACAAAAGAAAUAGUAUCUGCUAUAAAGAUAAUUAAUGAUAAUUUUGAAAAGUCAUCUAAUAGAAAUAACUCCUCUCAGAUUAAAAGUGCAUAUAAUUUAAUACAACAAGAAUGGUUUAAAAUAUCAAGUACGGAGAAUGCAAAUCCUCGUGAUGUAGCUGAUUAUUUGGACUUUUUUCAAGAUUACACUAUUUCACUUUUAAAAUAUAUUGUAAAUGUGACAGAUUGCAGUGGAAAUACUGCUAUGCACUAUGCAGUAUCUUUUGGAAACUUUGAUAUUGCUUCUACACUCUUGAAUUCUCAAGUAUGUGACUUAAACAAACCUAAUACAGCUGGUUAUACUGCCGUUAUGCUAGCGGCACUUGCUGAUGUACGUAAUUUUAUGCAUAUGUCAAUUGCAAAAAGAAUUUUUGAAAAUUCUAAUGUCAACCUUCAAUCAAAAAUGGAUGGACAAACUGCUUUAAUGUUAGCAGUCUCACAUGGACGAAUGGACAUGAUAAAGCUGCUCAUUGAUGCAGGCGCUGAAAUAAACAUUCAAGAUGAUGAUGGAAGUACAGCUUUAAUGUGUGCAGCUGAACAUGGUCAUAUAGACAUCGUAAGACUUCUUCUUAAUCAACCGAAUUGCGAUUCAUCGAUUCUGGAUACAGAUGGCAGUUCAGCUUUAAAAAUUGCUCUUGAAGCUGGACACCAUAAUAUAGGAGUUUUACUUUAUGCUCAUGUACAUGUUAAUAAAGGAACAAAUCCUUACUUUUCAGUUAAAAAAAGUAGAAAAAGUUCUAGGUCACCUGCUGAUUCUUGUGCUUCAGCAUCUAUCAAUCUGGGAUAAUAGUUAUUAACAAUUUAUAUAUAGAAAUAUAAAAACUAUGUGUUUAUGGAAAAAACUGUACUGUGUGGUAUUUUUUUCUACAAAAUGUUUUUAAUAUUAACUAUUGUAAAUAAUGACAAUAAAUAAGUUACCAAAUUGGAAUGUACAGCUCAGAAAAGUCCAUAAUGUAGAGUACAAAAUAAUUAAAUAACACAAUUAUGAAUAUAAAUUAUAUAAA